AUGGCCGCUCCAGAGAAUCACCCAGGACGCCACAAGCUGGUAUUGCUCUGCGCACUGCUGGGGACGCUGUGGGAGACCGGGACAGGACAGAUUCGCUACUCAGUGACAGAAGAGACGGACAAAGGGUCUUUUGUGGGCAACAUCUCCAAGGACCUGGGGCUGGAGCCCCGGGAGCUGGCGGAGCGCGGAAUCCGCAUCGUCUCCAGAGGUAGGACGCAGCUUUUCGCUCUGAACCCGCGGGGUGGCAGCUUGGUGACCGCGGGGAGGAUAGACCGGGAGGAGCUCUGCGCUCAAAGUCCGCGGUGUCUGAUAAAUAUUAAUAUUCUGAUUGAAGAUAUAGGAAAACUAUUUGGGAUAGAAAUUGAAAUAAUUGACAUUAACGAUAAUAACCCGAGAUUCCAGGUCGAAGACGUGGAAGUAAAAAUUAAUGAAAUCGCUGUUCCCGGGGCACGUUAUCCACUCCCAGAAGCUGUUGAUCUGGAUGUGGGCGUGAACUCCCUACAGAGCUACCAGCUCAGCCCCAAUCAUCAUUUCUCCCUGGACACGCAAACUGCAACUGGAGACGAUGGGACUAUAAACCCAGAGCUGGUGCUGGAGCGCGCCCUGGACCGAGAGGAAGAGGCUGCUCACCACCUGGUCCUCUCCGCCUCCGAUGGCGGCGACCCGCGUCGCUCCAGCACAGUGCGCAUCCAUGUGACAGUGUUGGAUACAAAUGACAAUGCCCCUGUUUUUUCUCAACCCAUUUACCGAGUGAAAGUCCCUGAGAACGUGCCCCCUGGCACCCGGCUGCUUACUGUAACAGCUAGCGACCCGGAUGAAGGAACCAACGGAAAAGUGGCAUAUAAAUUCCGGAAAAGUAAUGAAAAACAAUCUCCAUUCUUCCAACUGAAUGAAAAUACUGGGGAAAUAUCAACAGCAAAAAGUUUGGAUUACGAAGAAUGUUCAUCUUAUGAAAUGGAAAUACAGGCCGAAGAUGUGGGGGCACUUCUGGGGAGGACCAAAGUGCUCAUUUCAGUGGAGGAUGUAAAUGACAAUAGACCCGAAGUGACCAUUACAUCUCUGUUUAGCCCGGUGUUGGAAAAUUCUCUUCCUGGGACAGUAAUAGCCUUUUUAAGUGUGCAUGACCGAGACUCUGGGAAGAAUGGUCAAGUUGUCUGUUACACACAAGAUAAUUUACCUUUUAAAUUAGAAAAGUCAAUCGAUAAUUAUUAUAGAUUAGUGACAUGGAAAUAUUUAGACCGAGAAAAAGUCUCUAUCUACAAUAUCACAGUGAUGACUUCAGAUCUAGGAACCCCGUCUCUGUCCAUGGAAACUCACAUCAGCCUUCAUGUGGCAGACAUUAAUGACAACGCGCCUACUUUUCCCCAUGCCUUCUAUUCAGCCUAUAUCCCAGAGAACAACCCUAGAGGUGCAUCCAUCUUCUCCUUUACUGCACAUGAUCCUGACAGUGAGAACAAUGCGCAGGUCACUUACUCUGUGACUGAAGACACCCUUCAGGGGGUGCCCCUAUCCUCCUACAUUUCCAUCAAUUCAGAUACUGGUGUCCUGUAUGCGUUGCAAUCUUUUGACUAUGAACAGAUCCACAAUUUGCAGUUACUGGUGAUGGCAAGUGAUGGUGGGAACCCACCGCUCAGCAGCAAUGUCUCACUGAGCCUGUUUGUGCUGGACCAGAAUGACAAUGCACCUGAGAUCCUGUACCCCACCCUCCCCACAGAUGGUUCCACGGGUGUGGAGCUGGCACCCCGCUCUGCAGAGCCUGGCUACCUGGUGACUAAGGUGGUGGCGGUGGACAGAGACUCAGGCCAGAAUGCUUGGCUGUCCUACCGCCUCCUCAAGGCCAGUGAGCCUGGGCUCUUCACGGUGGGGCUGCACACAGGUGAGGUGCGCACUGUGCGGGCCCUGCUGGACAGAGAUGCACUCAAACAGAGCCUUGUGGUGGCUGUGCAGGACCAUGGCCAGCCCCGUCUCUCAGCCACUGUCACACUCACUGUGGCUGUGGCCGACAGGAUACCCGAAGUCCUGGCAGAAUUGGGCAGCCUCGAGCCCUCAGUGGACUCAGAUGACUCAGGCCUCACCCUAUACCUGGUGGUGGCAGUGGCUGUGGUCUCCUGUGUCUUCCUUGCCUUUGUCCUUGUGCUACUGGCCCUCAAGCUGCAGCGCUGGCACAAGUCACGCCUGGUUCAGGCUUCCAGAGGUGGGUUGGCAGGCAUGCCUGCUUCCCAUUUUGUAGGUGUUGAUGAGGUACAGGCUUUUCUGCAAACCUAUUCCCACCAGGUGUCCCUCACUGCAGACUCUGGGAAGAGUCAUCUGAUCUUCCCCCAGCCCAACUAUGCAGACACGCUCAUCAGCCAGGAGAGCUGUGAGAAAAAGGAUUCUUUGUUAACAUCUGUAGAUUUUCAUGAAUAUAAGGAUGAAGCUGCUUCUACUCAGGUGAGUUCAGUCCAUUGCUUGCUUUUAUUUCCCAGAGGGAUUUUAUUAGGUAUAAAUUGA